AUGAAGACUGACUUUGGGGUGAUCUCAGGCCAAAGGGAAGAGGCCAGCAAGGACAAGGUGAUGCGCAGCAUACAAUCCUUGAACAGGCAAGGCAGCCUUGACUCCAACAAGGAGGAUGGUGGAGCCACUCUCAUCCUGACCCUCACCCUCUGCAAUGUGAGGAAGACUGAGUUCUCCAGGGCAGCCAAAGUCUUUGAGUCUUUUGACAAGCCUCAUCAUAUCAACAUCUGGCUCUUGCAGAUGUUUGAAACUCAGAUCCAUCACUUCGAAACCAGGCAAGCUAAAAAGCCCAAGAACUCUGCUGAUGAUCUUGACAUUUUUGUUGAAUGUGAAGUUCAUAGUGCUGAUGCUAAUAUCAUUAUCACAUCCUUAAAGAGAGCAGCAGAGGAUGUGAAAACUGGCAGAGAAGACAAAGUGCCCUGGUUUCCCAGAAAAAUCCAAGAUCUGGACAAGUGUCACCAUCUGAUCACCACAUAUGAUCCUAGUUUGGAGCAUUGUCACCCUGGAUACACUGACCUGGAGUACAGGAAACGGAGGGCAUUCUUUGCUGACCUUGCCUAUAAUUACAGAGCAGGGGACCCGUUGCCUCGCAUUGAGUACACAGCACAGGAGACUGCAACUUGGAGAGAAGUCUACAGGAAGCUGAGCAGCCUCUACCCUACUCAUGCUUGCACACAAUACCUAGAUGCUUUCCAGCAGCUGGAGAAAUACUGUGGCUACCAAGAGGACAACAUACCUCAACUUCAGGAUGUCUCCAGAUUUUUAAAAGACAGAACAGGUUUCCAGCUGAGACCAGCAGCAGGGCUGCUGUCUGCUCGUGACUUCCUUGCCAGCCUGGCAUUCCGUGUCUUCCAGUGCACACAGUAUAUAAGACAUUUCUCUUCUCCUAUGCAUUCCCCAGAACCAGACUGCUGCCAUGAGUUGCUGGGUCAUGUUCCCAUGCUAGCCAAUAAGGAGUUUGCCCAGUUCUCACAGGAUAUUGGACUGGCUUCUCUUGGAUCAUCUGAAACAGAGAUUGAGAAACUAGCCACACUUUAUUGGUUUACUGUGGAGUUUGGUCUCUGCAAGCAAAAUGGAUCCAUCAGAGCUUAUGGGGCAGGACUGCUUUCAUCUUAUGGGGAGCUUAUGUACGCUUUAUCAAACAAGCCAGAGUACAAGCCUUUUGAUCCAGAAGUGACUGCAGUUCACCCAUAUCAGGAUCAAGCCUUCCAGCCUGUCUAUUUCAUAGCAGAAAAUUUUGAAGAUGCCAAGGCCAAGCUCCAAAACUACUCAAUGAAGAUCAAGAAGCCCUUUUCUUUGCACUACGAUCCAUUCACCAGCAGCGUAGAAGUUCUGAACACACCACAGAAAGUCAAGAGGGUACUCAGUCAAAUGAAAGAGGACCUGAAAAAUCUCUGCCUGGCCCUUGAAAAUCUCUCUUAAAACUGCAGCAGUACAUCUCACCUGGAACUGAUAUAUAUGUAGACAGUUGCAGCACUUGAAGAUUUAGUGAUGAAGUUGUAGAUGCAUGCAAACAUGCAGCUGCAUGCAUCUUUAACCCACAAACAGCUCUGUCAAGCUAAUCUUUUCACUCUAAUUUAGGCUGCUGACUUAGCCACAUUAAUGCAUUCCUACUGAGUAUAUUUCAAUGACAAAAAAUCUCAAAUUACUCCAAUUUUUGGUAGGUGAUAUAAGCUGCAGCUGUUUGGUGUGUACUUAUCUGUUAUUAUUGGUCCUUUACAGUUUUUUUGUUUACCUGCUGCCUUUUGAAGUUAUUGGUCACAAAAUACCACAGUAACUCUUCUGUCACAAAGUUUUUUACUUCUUGCUUAAAUGACAAGAUCACAAUCUUUAAGGCUGGCCAGCUGCCUACAGUCCUUGCAGCUAGCUCAUUUCUGCUAGCAAUUACUAUCAGCUAUUGUGUUCACAAACUAUGAAUGAUUCCUUUACAAUGUACAAAUGCAAGAGUUUGUAAGAGGGACCUUUUACUUCAGCUUGCUAUUCAUUUUUUAGACAGUCUUCUUUUUCAGUAGCCUUCAAAUGUGGCAAAAUAUUUUCCUGUCAUAUUUGAGAACACAGAAUAUGUAUUCUUGGAUUAAAAAAAAAAAGGCAAAAAGGGCAGAAAAUCUGAUGUCUGUGAUGCUGUGGCUCUGCGGCAUACCUGCUUGAUUUGAAAAAAGAAUUUUGGAUUCUGGAGAGAGAAAAGGUGAAUGUAUUGAAAUAUUUUCAAAGAAGCCUAUAAGAAAUAGAGUCCCAUUGAUAUAGAUGUAGAUGUAGAUCAUGUGAUGUAGAUAGUCCUAAACACAUUUAAAGAUUUUUGUUUUUCAUUGGCAUUAUGAUGACUUUUAGUAAUAACCAAAAAUCCAAGUAUAUUUAAUAUUGAUGGAGCAAAUCCUAAGAUCAAGCACAAGUACCCAUAUAGCCUUGCUAUGGAUACAAUACCAGUCACGUAAUCCAACUCAUCUUGCUUCCUGCUCUAGUCCCUUUCUCAGAUAUGCCUGAAAUUUAUCUCCACACUGUAGGUAAUGUUUUACAGAAACAAUCCUUUAAUUGCCUUUUCCAGACUUUCACGCUCAUUUAGAAUCCUUCCUUCCUCCACUAUCUACAAAUAGAAACUAGUCUGGGAAAAGAAAAGGAGGCUCAUGCCUGGAAGGAUUCCCUCUCUGCUUAGCAGCAGCACAAACAGACAACAUUGAAGCAAGCUGUGGGUAUGACAUAAGCAGGGGCAAUGUGGAUCUCAUGGCUGAAGUUGGGUGACAGUAAUCCACAGAUGUCAGUGUAGAUUUAUCCUGUGCAGCUAAGAAACCCUACUCGUAUUUUCAAAAGUGUAUUUAGGAUAAGGCAGAGAGCAAGCUUGCAGCUUGUCCACUGCUAUCCACUAACUGCCAGCAUACGUGGCCUGAACUCUGAUGUAAAUGUGAGGUGGUUUGGCUCUUGAUGGAAAAGGAGUCAUCAACUCUGCCUUAACUGGUCACUGUGGGAUAAGAGCAUGUACACAGAAAGUCACAACAGAGCAAUUUGCAUGCUGUUAUUUCAUACAGAGCUUAUCUCACUGUAAUUUGUACAUGUGCCAGGCUCUAAAGAAACUGUCUUAUUGGAAGUUAAUGGGAUUUUGUUUCUUAAAUCUUCAUGUCCAUAAGCACUUCAGAAAAUUCUCCCAUGGGCACUAAUAGAGUAUUCAAGAUCUGGGGAGCUGCUGCAAUGGCUCCAUUUUAUUAAAAUGUGGUGAUGCCUGACAAAUUUGGAACUAUCUUGGCAAAAUAGCUAUGAGACCCUUUUCUCUCAGCAGCAAAAACAUCCUGAGCUCUUUCUUUUUCAUUGAAAUACAGGAUUUUUCUGUUUUACUUCAGGAAAAAUUUUGCAUAUUGUAAAACCUGUUUUGCUAGAGAUUCAGACAGGAACAGAGCUGAAGUGAGUCCUUUUGCUGCCAGGGUAUUUCUGCUGUGAUGGAUGAUGAUCUCUCAACAUACUUUUAUGGAUUUAAUUCUACUUAUCCCACUUAUACACACACACAAAUACUGUUUCUCUUCAGAGCAAUUUGUUUUGUUACAUAUUGUAAUAAUUUAUCUGUGUACUUCCUGCCAAAUGGUACAUAGGCAAAAAUGCUUGAUAGCUCACAACAGAUUGUUUUCAGAAAUAUUAUUUUCAUCAACCAGUUAUUUUACACUGAAAAUUGAACCAUGUGCUCCAGUUUUGUGUGUUUUCUUUUUCUUUCUUUUUAAGUGGAAGAUAAUGCCAGAGCGGAAGAGCUAUCAAAAUAUUUUCUAUAGAUGGAUUCUGUAGGCCAUAGGGUCUUUUUCAUGUAUUCCCUCUGAAAUGGUUGAAUGUGGAGUUUAUACUUGAGUUUGGCUAUUGCUCAGAACAGACCUAUAUUUGGAAGAAAUGAGAGACCUGAUGGAUUUGUUUUGCCCAAGGCCUCACACUUUCCUUGGAGGGACUCCAGGCCCGCCCACGCACCCUUGUCUUUUCCAGUUCCUGUAGCAAUGAGAGAAAAAGAAACCAUUUGGAGCCAGAUUCUCCAACCAUUACACAUGCUGAGUAGUACCUGAUCUCUUGAAUAAUCCCAGUGACAGUACUGAGCCUAUUAAGGUGCUGUAUACAGAAAGUCAGAGCAGGAUUAUCAAAACCUCUGUGGGUGUACUUGCUUUUUUAUUGUCUUAAUGAUAUUCGGUCUGCAUACAUGGCUAGGGUAGGCUCCAGUACAGCUUAGCAAAGCUUCAAAAGUAAUGAAUUUCACUACUUGAACUGUUAAGAGCCAGACAUAUUUUUCCAAAGGAGGCAAAUCUUUCCUUUCUUACUCAAGCAAACCUUACCCCUGGAUAGUUAUGACUGACACUCCUCUUUAAUGAGGUCCAAAUUCUUCUCUUCUUAAUCAGUGAUAUUACAAAGCAAAAGACUACAGGGUUACAUCUUUAUGAGGUACACUGGUCAGGCUGCUCUUCCAAAAGCCAUUCUUUCAUUUCCUCACAGAAGCCAAGAAGUACCUCAUACUCUUGUUGGUCUAAGACAUGGGUGAUGGGAAGGCACUGAUCGGGCCUCCCAAUGAAAAUAAAGGCACAAAGGAAAAAGCACCAACCAGUAAAAAUAUGUCUUUUUGUCAGUUUGCAUUUCAGCAGUUUCACAUUAAUCUUGCACAAGAAGGCUCCAAAGCCAAGUAAAACACAUCCUGUGACUUGAAACUGAACUGAUGAACUCCCCAUGGGUCCUUUGCUUAUCCCGAUAAACUUAUUUUUCCUAGAUGGAGUGCAUUUAGAGCAAAAUAGUGUAUGUUAUUAAAUCUGUAUUGUGUUGUUCUGUUAUACAUGGGAGAGUUAGUAAAUUCGGUUCGUGGGUUUGGGUUUGUUUUGUUUUUUGGCUAACCAAGUCUGUCCUCUACCAAUUUUGGUCCACCCUCAAGCCUCCAGCUGCUUCCCUGCUUCCCUGCAGAUUUACUAGGGAUGCCAAGGGUACCACUGCGUAAGGAGAAUACAUAGUUAUGCAAUUUGGGGAAUUUGGCAGGACAGGAAGAGGAAAUUUAGGCAGGCCUCCCACCCACUCCCAUGAGAAACAGUAUUGUGUUA